AAAUAACAAUGAUGAAAAAAACCACCUAGCGGCAAAAGUUUGAACAUUUUAUAUUCUGCACGUCGGUCCCUUCCAAAAAAGGGUUUGUGUGCGUCAUUGUUCUAGUUCCAUAAUUGGACACCACCCAAUGUCAGAGCUUGAAUUUUUGCCGAGUCACAUUAUUCAGCACCCUCAUUGCGAGUUUAAAAAAUUUGCGGUCACGAGGGUGUUUACCCGUUUUUUCAACGUCAUUGGACGGUUAGAAGCAAACUUGCAGCGGCACACAGUUUACGUCGUUACUGUUUCUUUACACUAUAAGGAAAGCCGCUUUUCUAUGUUCAGAGCCUGGAAAGCAACCCAUGCCAUAAUCAGGCCACGAGCCUCUUCCGCCAUUGCGCAUCAAUCCAUCAAUAAACCAUGGCUCAUGUUGGAAGCCAAGCAUAUGCCUUUGACACAAAGGGCGCUAAGCACCGCUGUGCCGAAUUCACCCAACUUUAGUCGUGUGAAUCCUUCCUUGGAUGUACUGACCUCGAAACAUGCCGUUUACGAAGCUUUGGAUGCAUUCAAAGGAACCAACAAUGCUCGAUUAGCCGUCAAUCUUGUCAAGAAAGCCCAGGAACAGCAGUUGACCACACCGGAAACGUAUCAUAAAUUAUUGCAAGUAGUGAAUUCGCCCGAUUUGGAUGUAGAUGCAAGUGCGACGGUGGCGCGAUGGUUCUACGAUACCAAAACAUCCCCGCUGCCGACGGACAUACGCCAUAAUUUGGAUGUGUGGAAAGAUUUAUUCAAAUUAGGAUUCCGUUUGAGUUCGAUGCACCGACGGGAGGAUUUGCAGGCAUUGGUGACCUCAUUUUUGUCAACGUUUGAAAUGACCCUCGUCACCGAUCAGUUGGCAUGGGAAUUGCUGUUCAGGUCGUAUGGAAUUCUGCAUCAGGCGCAUAAUCUUGAUAUGUGGAUGGACAAAAUCAUGCAUCAUCAGUUCCUGACCGAUUCACUUGAUAUGACGUCGUUGAAAAGGAGUGCCAUUCUCGCUUACGCGGCUUGCGGAUCCACUUCCAAGGGGGAAACCCUUAUGGACAGUCUCGAGCAAACGACGACGGCCUUACCACAGGAAUUCUGGGAAAAGCUCAUUGAAAAUUGUGCCUAUCGCGGUGACAUCCGUACGACGAGCAAGUAUAUUCGUCAAUGCCAACAAUUGUUCCCUGAUUACAAGCAAGACACCAUGCCGAUGAUGGCGCACAAAGUCGCUUUGGAACAGUUGCAUAAUUCACUGGCCAAAUCACGCGGGGUUCGGGGGUUGCCUCUAAAGACAGGCCACAAUCCCCGUUUGGAUGCAUUGCAUGAAUCGUGGGCGGCCUUGACCGAGAAUAGACAGCAUUGGGAUGUCGUCCAAUGCACCAUUGCCGUGGAUUAUUUGAGACUGGCCAACCGUAUUGAUCCUCAAAACUUCCCCAUGUCCAAAGCACGCGACAUUAUCGACAAGUUCAUGCCUGCUCACGGCCUUAAACCGGACGCUUGGAUUUACGAGACCCUAUUACGUGGAUACGCCACCACGCGUGAGUACUCGUCCAACCACAACGAACGAUUGGAGAAAUCGCUGCAAGUGAUGGACGAGAUGCAAAAGCACGGAUACGAUAUCAGCACGCAAAACAUCUUCCAUCUAUUGUUCCUGGCUUGUAUCCCUCACCGGUAUAACCGCUAUCCCUUUGACUAUUUCCUGUUGGCGUCGAUGUUACCACCUUCGCCCGCUCACCUUCCCUUGGAUCCUCGACUAUUCGAAAUCGAAAAGAUCAUGCUCAAAGCGCAAAUUCGUCACACACGCAUGUCCAUCAAGACGUUGUUGACGUGUCUCGGGGCCUCGGGUCAAUACAAAGCCAUGUGGAAUCGAUGGCGACUGAUCAAAUUGUCGGGUAUGCGUCGUGAUUUGGAAUUGUAUCGUCACGUUUUUGCUUUGGCUUCCCUGGACAGUCAGCAAGCCAACUACGCGUUGGCCGUGAUCAAGAACGAGCUGGCUCGUGAACAUCGCAAAGAAAAAAUCACAUGGAAUACGUAUUGUGCCAUGCUCGAUUGUGCGGUGGCCGCUCAACUGCCGUCGGAAGCCAAGCAGAUUAUGACGGCGAUGCGCGAACCGGGACUGGUUCGACGUUACGACCAGCGACCGAAAUUGGACACAGCUGAAUACUACCUACCGUUGGUACGUGCGUGCAGCGCCAUUGAAGGGUUGCAGUCGGACGCUGGCAAGUUGUUGGAUGAAAUGAAGCAGAAGCAAGUACCUUACAAUCAAGGCAUCUGGGUGUGUGUGAUGACGCAUGCUGCGGUGAACAAGGCCGACCGAGAGGAGAUUCAGACCAUCUUUAACCGAUACACCAUGGAACGGUUUGAACGUUCAGGCAAAAUUCCUAUUCCUGUACGUGAAUUAUCUCCCGUGGUACCGUUCCCGUCGGCUCCUUACAACACUGGCGACGUUCAAAUGAUGAAUAUGUACAUGGGAUCUUUGCUGGAUUCACAGGACGUGUCUUUAAUAUUAGACGUACUGGAGGUGAUCAAGGAACAAGCUCCUGAUCUGAAAUUAUCGCCCGUCAUUGUCCAAGGUGUCCUGGAUUUGGCCCGACGGGAAAAGAGCCCUGUCAAUCUUGACUGGUUAACCAAAUCCAACCAUGUAGCAUAAAUUUAUCAAUCCCAAAAACAGAAUGUCGCUCUUUUUUUUUUUCUUUUUCUUUGUAAUUUUUCUUUCUUUCUUCUUUUUAUUCCACUUGCACUCUUUUUCUUGAUACAAUAAUACAUUGGCACACUGACUG